CUGAAUAAAGGAGCUGAUCCAGCUAGGGCAGACAAUACAAUGAAACUCAAGACACUUGUCAUUUCUUGGUUAUCAGAGUGUACCCCACCACCAGACCCCAUUCUUUACCCUUACAACAAGACUGGCCAUGGUUUCUACAAUGAUGCAACAGGAAGGCUUCUAUGUCCUGUCGAUCAUGACUGGAACAACUCUGAUGUUCGACAAUAUGUUUGGGACUACCACCCUGAUUAUAGGGUGACAGCUUACUCUUGGCCGACAUUCUUGUAUGAUGGACAUUACAACACUAGGAAUCCUAGAGAUGGCCUAUUUAAAGGGAAGUUGCUAUUAAAGACAUUUAAAGCCAUAUUUACAUCUCCCACCUCUGCAGAG